AUGGUCGAGGGCGAGCGGGAGCAAGGGAUAGCGAAAGCUGCGGACGGGGGAGGUAUCAGCAGCCUUCAGAUGUUCAAUGCAUCCAUAUCCACACCCAUCAUGUGGGUAAGUCCUACGUGCGCUCCUCCCAAGCAUGGCUUGCGUAGAGGGUGUGUUCGAAGAUCCAUUCAAGGGGAUGCGAAGGAGGAAGGAUCAAGAGAAGGGAAGAGACCAAGGAUUGAGCCCAGAAGGGUUUCUUUCUCUUUCUUAUCUAUCACAAGAAACUACAUGAGAACAGAUGUUCACACAACGCAUAAGGACACGGGUCCAACAGAGAACGAGGGAUGGCAAGAUAUCCAGUGUAUACGUAAGAUCGAGUCAGAGAUUGAAGAGGAUGUGGUUUGUACGUAUGACAGGCUAAGUGAGACUAAGCAGAAGGAUGGACCCUCUAUCACAAGUUUGAUUGUCAACAAUCUUGUCAAGGGGGUCGUGGAAAGGAAGGUUCUUGAAACGAAGAAAGUGUUAGAAUGUAUCCAGGACACAGCGAUCAGAGCAAAAGAAAUGUACGAUCCUCGACCUGAUCAAGAUAAAGCACCCUUCGACAGAGAUAACGAUCCAUGCUGGGAUGUCUCGGACAAGACUGGGAGCAGCUCGGACAGAUACGUAUCUUGUGCCCUUCUACAAAGCCUUGCCUCGAGGAUGCGGGAGAUGAUUGAAGCAAUCCAGACACAAGGCAAGGUUGGGCUACUCCCUUCUCAGGCUCGGCUGGACAAAUCUUUUGUUGCUCCACUUCAGUUUCUGAUCAUGCAUCUUGAGACCGUGCUGUCCGCGGGAGGGGGCAACCACCAGGAGAUGCAAGCUCUAUGCCCUCCCCACAUAUCACUGCACAACAACUCAAACAUUCUCAAUUGCUAG